AUGAACGGCGCUGCUGGAAGGAGCCGCCGGGUCUCUAAACGGCAAGUACUUAGUCUUUUGUUUGUGUUUGGCGUUUCCGACUGGGCUUCCGCCGCAAUUCGCUAUGCGAUACCAGAGGAAACGCAGAAAGGCUCCGCAGUGGGGAAUGUGGUAGCGGACCUAGGGUUGGAUAUCAAGCGGCUGUCGGAUCGCAGGCUCCGGGUGGUGUCUGGAAGCAGCAGGAAGUACUUUGGGGCAGAUCUGGAGAGCGGGCUGCUGUUUGUGAAGGAGCGGAUAGACCGAGAGGAGCUCUGCGGGGCUGUCUCUCCAUGCACCUUGAGCUUUGAGGUUGUGGUGGAGAACCCGCUGGAGUUAUUCAGCGGCGCUGUGGAGAUCCAGGACAUCAAUGACAACGACCCAGCUUUCCCCAGCAGCCAGAUGAGACUGGAAAUCAGUGAGUCGGUGGCGCCUGGAGCGCGCUUCCCGCUAGAGAGCGCGCAGGACCCUGACGUGGGGAUUAACUCUUUGCAGACUUACUGGCUCAGCGCCAACCAGCAUUUUGUGCUCAACGUGCAGACACGAGGGGAUGGUAGCAAAUAUGCAGAGCUGGUGCUGGAGAAAGAGUUAGACAGGGAGGAGCAAAAGGAGCUGCAGCUAGUCCUUACAGCCCUGGAUGGGGGCAGCCCGCCCAGAUCCUCCAGUGUGAACAUACAGAUUGAUGUCCUGGACGCCAACGAUAACGCUCCGGUCUUUAACCAGUCCACCUACAAAGCGAGUGUAAGGGAAAACACCCCCAGGGACACUCUGGUUGUCCAAACCAACGCUUAUGACUUGGAUGAGGGGCCCAAUGGGGACAUCGUUUUCUCCUUCAGUAGUCACACGCCUGCCAAGGUGCGAGAACUCUUUGCGCUGGACUCUGCUACUGGAGAAGUGAGAGUCAAAGGGCAGCUGGAUUACGAGGAAGUGAAAUUCUAUGAGAUUUACAUACAAGCUAAAGAUAAGGGUCCUUAUCCGGAAGUAGCUCAUUGCAAACUGUUGGUGGAAGUCAUUGAUGUAAAUGACAAUGCUCCGCAGAUCCAAGUGACCUCAUUGUACAGCCCUGUGCCCGAAGACGCAGUUCCCGGGACAGUGAUAGCUUUGCUGAGCGUAACUGACCUGGACUCCGGAGACAACGGGCUGGUAAACUGCUUCCUGUCCCAUGGAAUCGCCUUCACGCUCAGUUCCUCCCUUAAAAAUUACUAUACGUUGAAAACCAAAGCAGCCUUGGACCGGGAGCAGGAAUCUGAGUAUAAUAUCACCGUCAUAGCCAAGGACUCGGGCUCGCCCUCCCUGUCUGCGGAGAAACAGAUAUUGGUGGAAGUAUCAGAUGUCAAUGACAACGCACCCAGCUCUUCCCAACUCUCGUACGAUGUUUAUGUGGCAGAAAACAACCCCCCUGGUGUUCCAGUAUUUAACGUCAGUGCCUCAGACCCGGACCUAGACCAGAACUCCCGUCUCUCCUACUCUAUCCUGGAGAACGGCCCCUCGAGCCACCCCCUGGGCAGGUAUUUUUCUAUUAAUCGAGAGAAUGGCACCAUUUACCUCCUUGUUUCCCUGGACCACGAGGACCUGCCCGAGUUCAGAAUGACGGUGCGUGUCCAAGAUGGAGGCACCCCGGCCCUUGCCACCAACCUCACAAUCCACGUGUUCGUCACCGACCAGAACGACAACGCGCCCACGGUCCUGUACCCGCGUCCAAACGGCGGGUCUUCCUACCCGGAGAGGAUCUCGCCUGCAGUCAGCGCCGGUCACAUGGUCACCAAGGUCAUAGCCUGGGAUGCGGAUGCGGGAUACAAUGCUUGGCUCUCUUACAUCCUCCUUUCGGCCACCGACGCCAGCCUCUUCUCUGUGGAGCUGCGCAGCGGGGAGAUCCGCACCGCCCGCCAGCCGCUGGAGGACGACGCUCCUAUGCAAACCUUGGUCAUCUUAGUAAAAGACAACGGGGAGCCCGCGCUGUCUUCCAGCGUGACCGUCACCGUGACUGUGGUGGAAAGGGUAAAGGAGGCCCUGCCCGAUGCCACCAAACUGGCCACGGCGCGUGACAAAAAGAACCAUUUAACUUUCUAUCUAACCCUGGCUGUGAUCUUGGUCUCCGUGACCUUCUUUGUCACCGUGAUAGCAACGGGCAUCUAUAAGUUUUACAAAUGGAGGCAAUCCAGGGACAUUUGCAGCAGCUCCAGGAGCUCUCUGUACAGAACGCCGGGGCCUUCCAACCACGUGGAUGCUGUCCGGAGCGGGUUCACGCCCCCGAGUUUCUACCAGCAGAUGUAUCUCACCACGAACUCCCACCACAGCGACUUUCUGGGGAAAAAGCCCUUGACCUCCAGCCCCCUUGGGAGCUGCCAGAACACACUGAACAGCUGUGAGCCGGGACUGUACCACCAGGUGUUAGGCGCACAGGGCAGGCUUUCUGCACCCUGCCAGGUAACGUAG